AUGGUGCACGAACGGGACGAAAAGGUAGACAAGACAACGAGCUUUCUCGACAAGAUCAAGGACAAAGUCCACGACACCUUGAAAGAGACUGUCGAACACCAAACUGGCAAGCCGGCGUCCGCUGGCACGUCACAGCACGAGAAGGAAGGAGAGAGCUCGCAGUUGGGCAAGUCCAACGAAUCGCGCGAAACAAGCUUGAAUGACGCGGAACGAUCCACGCGCACGGGCCAAGCGAGCAGCAUCUAA